CGGCUCGGCCCAGGCGAGGGGACUAUGCGGGGCUGCCCCGGCGCGCUGUGUGCGGAGCCCGGCGAGCGGCCGAUCGCCGCGGCGCUGCCCGGCCGCCCCUUCGCGGCGCGGACCGGAGGAGACUAGAGGCGACUCUGCGAGCAGCCCGGUGGCUUCGGCAACCCCAGAGACCUAAGUCCGGCGCGGGCUCUUGAGGAGGAAUUGACAACAUGGCUUCCCCACCGCACCAGCAGCUGCUGCAUCACCACAGCACCGAGGUGAGCUGCGACUCCAGCGGGGACAGCAACAGCGUGACGGUGAAAAUCAACCCCAAGCAGCACCAGGGCUGCACCUCUUCCAAGCACUGCAAGUACAGCAUCUCCUCCAGCUGCAGCUCGGGGGAGUCGGGGGGCACCCGCCGAGCCGGCGGAGCGGGCGGCAGCGGCUCCGGCCUCCGCCGGCAGAAGAAGCUGCCGCAGCUCUUCGAGAGGGCCUCUUCCAAGUGGUGGAACCCCAAGUUCGACUCCAACAACCUGGAGGAGGCUUGCAUGGAGAGAUGCUUCCCGCAGACCCAGCGCAGGUUUCGCUAUGCCCUCUUCUACAUCGGCGUGGCCUGUCUGCUCUGGGGCAUCUAUUUCGGCAUACACAUGAGAGAGAAACAGAUUGUUUUCAUGGUGCCGGCUCUGUGCUUCCUCCUGGUAUGUGUAGCUUUUUUUGUGUUCACUUUCACUAAGACUUAUGCCCGCCAUUACGUAUGGACUUCGCUGAUACUCACCCUCCUGGUGUUUGCUCUGACCCUCGCUCCGCAGUUCCAGGCUCUGAAGCCUGUCUCAGGAAGUGGUGACAUGUCCAACCGGACUCCCCCGGCAGAUCCCACAGACACUUGUCUUUCUCAAGUGGGCAGUUUUUCUAUGUGUAUUGAAGUGCUCUUGUUGCUUUACACAGUGAUGCACUUACCCCUGUAUUUAAGCUUGUUUCUGGGACUGUCAUACUCGGUCCUCUUUGAGACCUUUGGUUAUCACUUCCGUGAUGAGAACUGUUUCACACCUCUGGGAGCUGGUGCGGUUUACUGGGAGCUCUUGAGUAAAGCCUUCCUGCACAUCUGCAUCCACGCCAUUGGUAUUCAUUUAUUUAUCAUGUCCGAAGUCAGAUCAAGAAGCACAUUCCUGAAAGUGGGGCAAUCCAUCAUGCAUGGAAAAGACUUGGAAGUGGAAAAAGCCCUGAAAGAGAGGAUGAUUCAUUCUGUUAUGCCAAGAAUAAUAGCUGAUGACUUAAUGAAGCAGGGGGAUGAUGAAAGUGAAAACUCCAUCAAACGUCAUUCCACCUCAAGCCCCAAAAACAGGAAGAAGAAGCCCUCCAUACAGAAAACCCCCAUAAUAUUCCGUCCUUUUAAAAUGCAGCAGAUCGAGCAAGUGAGCAUUUUGUUCGCAGAUAUUGUUGGCUUCACGAAAAUGAGCGCCAACAAAUCAGCCCACGCCCUGGUGGGACUCCUGAACGACCUCUUUGGACGCUUUGACCGUCUGUGUGAGGACACUAAAUGUGAGAAGAUCAGCACUUUGGGAGACUGUUACUACUGCGUGGCGGGCUGCCCCGAGCCCCGGGCUGAUCAUGCCUAUUGCUGCAUCGAGAUGGGCUUGGGGAUGAUCAAAGCCAUCGAGCAGUUCUGCCAGGAGAAGAAAGAAAUGGUGAACAUGAGAGUCGGUGUUCACACCGGGACAGUGCUGUGUGGCAUUUUGGGAAUGAGGAGGUUCAAGUUCGACGUGUGGUCCAACGAUGUCAAUUUGGCCAAUCUGAUGGAGCAGCUCGGGGUGGCUGGGAAGGUCCAUAUUUCGGAAGCUACUGCCAAAUAUUUGGAUGAUCGUUAUGAAAUGGAGGAUGGAAAGGUGGUUGAGCGUGUCGGUCAGAGCGUGGUAGCUGACCAGUUGAAAGGUUUAAAGACCUAUCUGAUCUCAGGUCAGAAGGUGAAGGAGCCCCACUGCAGCUGUUCUCAAGCGUUGCUUCCUGGCUUGGAGUCUGCAGACGGAGCCAGGACACCGGGAACGUCGUCAGCAGAGAACUCCAGCGAGAGCAAGACAAGCAAACAGCUGGAAAAACCCAAGCCUUGCCCUUCAUGUAGUACCACCCUUGCUCCCCACUGCGAUGUCAGCAUAGAUGAAGGAGCUAUCCAAAAUGGUUGUCAGGAUGAGCAUAAAAACAGUACAAAGGCUCCAGGAGGACACAGUCCAAAGACUCAGAAUGGACUGCUGAGUCCUCCCCAGGAGGAGAAGCUCAGCAACAGCCAGACCUCCCUGUAUGAGAUGCUGCAGGAGAAGGGGCGCUGGGGCGGAGUCAGCCUGGACCAGUCAGCUCUGCUCCCCCUGAGGUUCAAAAACAUCCGGGAAAAGACAGAUGCCCACUUUGUGGAUGUGAUUAAAGAGGACAGCCUCAUGAAAGAUUACUUCUUUAAACCACCUAUUAACAAGCUGAGCCUCAACUUUUUGGAUCAGGAUUUGGAGAUGGCCUACAGGACAAGCUACCAGGAAGAGGUUAUAAGGAAUGCUCCAGUGAAGACAUUUGCCAGUGCAACCUUCAGCUCACUGCUGGACGUGUUCCUGUCCACCACAGUCUUCCUCAUCCUCUCCAUCACGUGUUUCCUCAAGCACGGGAUGGUGGCGUCCCCUCCGCCGCCCGCGGCCGUCGCCGUCUUCGUCAUCGCCAUCCUGCUGGAAGUGCUGUCCCUUGUCAUCUCCAUCAGGAUGGCGUUCUUCCUGGAGGAGGUGAUGACUUGCACCAAGCGGCUCCUGGAGGUGAUUUCUGGCUGGCUGCCUCGACACUUCUUCGGUGCAAUCCUGGUUUCUCUCCCAGCUCUCGCAGUUUUUUCACACUUCACCUCUGAUUUUGAAACAAAUAUACAUUACACCAUGUUCAUGUGUUGUGCCAUUCUCAUCACCAUUGUGCAGUACUGUAACUUCUGCCAGCUCAGCUCCUGGAUGAGAUCCCUGCUGGCAACCGUGGUGGGAGCAGUGCUGCUCAUCCUGCUCUACGUCUCCUUGUGCCCCUCCAGCUCCGUGGAAGCUCCUCAUCUAGAUUUGGCACAGAACUUUAGCUCCAGGAGGAGCCCGUGCAACAGCUCGGCGCCGGGCGGGGCGCAGCGGCCGGCGCAGCUCCUGGGCCAGGAGGUGGUUCUGGUCUCCUUCCUGCUGCUGCUGCUCGUCUGGUUCCUGAACCGCGAGUUCGAGGUCAGUUACCGCCUGCACUACCACGGCGACGUGGAGGCCGACCUGCACCGCACCAAGAUCCAGAGCAUGCGGGAUCAGGCGGACUGGCUGCUGAGGAACAUCAUCCCCUACCACGUGGCCGAGCAGCUGAAGGUGUCCCAGAGCUACUCCAAGAACCACGACAGCGGCGGGGUGAUCUUCGCCAGCAUCGUCAACUUCAGCGAGUUCUACGAGGAGAACUACGAGGGCGGCAAGGAGUGUUACCGGGUCCUGAACGAGCUCAUCGGGGACUUCGACGAGCUGCUGAGCAAACCCCACUACAGCAGCAUCGAGAAGAUCAAAACCAUCGGCGCCACCUACAUGGCGGCGUCGGGGCUCAACACCUCGCAGUGCCAGGACAGCAGCCAUCCCCACGGGCACCUGCAGACCCUUUUUGAAUUUGCCAAAGAAAUGAUGCGGGUGGUGGACGACUUCAACAACAACAUGCUGUGGUUUAACUUCAAGCUCCGGAUCGGCUUCAACCACGGCCCCCUGACGGCCGGGGUCAUCGGCACCACCAAGCUGCUGUACGACAUCUGGGGGGACACUGUGAACAUCGCCAGCAGGAUGGACACCACCGGCGUCGAGUGCCGCAUCCAGGUGAGUGAGGAGAGCUACCGCAUCCUCAACAAGAUGGGCUAUGACUUUGACUACAGGGGGACGGUCAAUGUGAAGGGCAAGGGGCAGAUGAAGACCUACCUUUACCCCAAGUGCAUGGACAACGGGGUCGUGCCGCACCACCAGUUGUCCAUAUCUCCAGACAUUCGGGUUCAAGUGGAUGGCAGCAUUGGGCGCUCUCCCACGGAUGAGAUUGCCAACCUGGUGCCUUCUGUACAGAAUUCUGAUACGAUAGCCCACGGCACAGAGAGCUCAGAAGCCAAGGACACCCUUCCUUCCGCCAAGAAGCUCCAGAAAGAGGCGGCGAAGGCCGAGGAGAGGUGCGGGUUUGGCAAAGCCGUGGAAAAGGAGGACUGUGAGGAAGCGGGGACUGACGAGGUCAAUGAACUGACAAAGCUAAAUAUCUCUAAGAGUGUAUGAUGAACUGUCAGAGUUGCAUGAAGUGCUCUGUCCGUAGAAACACACAGACUUUUGCAAUUGGCAGUUUUCUUUUUCAAGAGAGACCUUCUCCACACCUGGGUUGUACGUUUGUGUUCAUUGCGGCACCUGGGGCUGUGUGGAUCAUGGCUCUUCAGGGCUUGUUCUCAUCCAUCUCUCUCUCCAUGCCCCAAAUCGCAUCCCAAGCUCCCCAGCUCCCUGUGCAACCAUCUUACAGCUGAGUAGAGGAUAUUAAGUGCCUUCAGAUAUACUCCAUUGGACUCCCUGUCAAGGUACAGAGGCCCCAAGUGAAAUCAUAGCUUUGGGUAUUUAUCUAAUUUUAAAGAAAAGAAAAGCUGUGGUUAUAUCAUUUUUAUUGUUGUUUCUCACAAAACACUUUUUUUGGCUAAUGCAACUCCUUGGGUUUUUUAUAUCUCUCGGAAUAAUGUUUUACUGUUAUCAGACCUUUUGUAUGUAACACACAGACAUGUGCAUGUAUCUACCAUAUGAGACUGCUAUAAAGUGCCAGUAAUGCACCACAAGAAUGUCUGGGCCAGGGGUGACACCCUUUGGGUGGGGCUGGAGGGGGAGUUGUGCCGUGGCUCAGCCUUUAGUUAGGGCAGGAGGAACAGCUGCUGUCGUCGUGUUCUCCUUUCCCGAUGCUUUCUGCAGCCUCCAUGUGCCAUCGUGUGCUUUGGAUACUCUUCUUUUCCACAUAGCCAGUGAGUUAGUGAUCUGUGGGAAUGGAAGGAGGGUUGGGACAGUGCCAGCUCUGGGGACAGUUUCCAGAAGCAGAGGAGAGAGCACGGGAGCGCUGCAGUUCAGGGCUCCCGGCUCCGUACGCGGCUCGGCGGGCGAAGGUAGGUGAUGUCGGUGUCUCUGAGCUGACUGGAGAGAGAGAAAGAAAGAAGCAAAAUAAAUGUUUUGGGAAUGCCUUUAUUUAUUUAUUUAUUUUAUUCCUGUUUGGUUUCUUGGUUUUUUUUUUUUUAAUUUUGUUUAGGAAUUUUCGUGUGCGGAAGGGACCGGGAGAGAUGAGAUGAAUUGUUCGUGGGUUUAACAGGAGUAAUAAGAAAGUGUUUGAGCCUCUUUGAACUACCAACCACUGUGAGGAUGUUACCUUAGGCAAUAUUUGUUUCCAAACGACACUUUGGAAGCCACCAAACACAGUUGAGUACCCCAGCUUCCCUCUGGACUGAACCAAUGGUGCUGCACAACGUUUUUCAGGAUUUUUACACACACACACACACACACACACACAUGCACACACACAUGCACACACUGUGCUUUUGCAGCAGGGAGGAGAACAGAAUGCUCCCUUCCUGCUGCUGGAAGCAGGAAUAGGGGAAAGAGUCCUUCUAGUGAGCUGAGAAGCACAAUCAUUCCCAGUCCUGCAGCCAGCUCCGAGCACGUCCCUGGGAGCAGAGGCCUGUGGGAGCCCAGAGCUGCUUGCACAGAGGGAACUGUGGGGCUGGGGGCUUAGGCUGUGCCAGUCUGCCCCCUGCAUGCUUCCACCACCUCCCUCUCUGGCACUUGAUGCCCUGCUGGGGAUCAUACUGACCAUUCAGCUAUUCUAGUUCAGCCAACUCCCUCUGACACCAAAUAAAGUGAAAGGAUUUUUAUUCCCAAAACAAGCUGAUCAUCCAGGGAAGAGCUGGGGACAGGCAGUGCUGCACUGGCUGUGUGGUGCUGGGGCUCUUUCCAUCUCAACUCGAGUCAGAAUGUAUUGAUUCUUCCUCUUAUCCCCAUUUUGGGGUGUGAGUAAUAAAUGUGUCCAUUGUGGGGUUCCUAUUCAGCUGGUGGAGAUCCAUCUCCACAGUCAGCAUGGAGCCUGUGAAGCCUUUACCAGAUGUGAGAGUCUGGGAUUUCUGGAUCUCAGUUAAACAGAACUCUGCACACAAGUCCUGCACAGCUGUUGUUCAUGCAUGUCAGUAUUCCCUUUGAUAGGAAAGCUGUUCAGAAUUCAUCUUCUUCCCUCCAUCUGCUAGAACACAACAAACCAGGGGAUCCUCACCCCCAAAUCCCUGUGCCAUAGAUGCUGCUGCCUGUGUGGAGGCUGUUCCCAAAGAGCAGCAACGUGAGGUGGUUUUGAGUGCACAGUUUUCCAGGAGCUUCCUUCUCCCUAGAUUACAACUCCCUCCUCCCCACUGUGGGUUGCACUUCCAACUUUCAGGUAGUAAUUCUGCAAAUACCUCUUGCACCUGAAGAAUGUAUUCCUGAAACCAUUGGUUCAGUUAAGGUGUGUCAGUAUUCCUUUUCCUACAGUCAAGGAGCUAGCAUGAUCCAGAAUUGUUUACAUGCCUUCUAGUGUUAUGUCAUUGUCUUAGAGUCGUUCCAGCCUUUCUCCCUGUCACUUCUUUCUCCCAGUUUUGUAAACCCUUGCUCUCUCCCUGCUCAGCUGUGUGCAAGGGCAGAGCUCAGUCAGGAUGUGCUGGCUCCCUAAGACACUGCACAAUAACCAAACCUCCACCAGCCCAGCCCUGCACCUGGGAGAGGUUGGCAACCCGUGGUUAAACCUGAAAGGAAGAGGUGCUGGAAUGGGACCCGGACCCAAAGCACCUUCCUCUUCGUUGUUCAAGCACUUCAGGAUGCAAAAUCCUUCUCCAGCCUGUGAAGUGCCCAAGGCUCCCGUGCUGCUGUGGUGUGGGGCUGUGGGAGUAUCAUUGGGUUUAUGGGAACAUCAAAAUACCCAACCCCAAACCCACCAAGGCCUCUCUUUGUUGACACUAAGCAAAUAAAGGCACUGAGGACUCAGAAAUCAAGGGCUGUUGUGUGCUCUGGGAGCUGCCACUGGUUGUACUCUGCCUUAACUCUGGGUUGGGGAAGGACUCCUGAUGGGUGAGCAGUGGUGCCCGUUUGCUCAUUGACAGAACAGCAGCAAUCCCACAGCUGGGCUGUGGGGCUGCCAGGGGUUCAGCCUCUUCAAUGCAGUGCAGUAAUCUAAUGAAGUUCAAUUCUCAAUGGAGGGGGAGAUUUUCCAUGUGCAAAAACAUGAAGGAGAUACCUGUUUGUGUUGUAAUCAGUGUGAGCUGAACCUUCACACCUCCCCUUAUGCUUUUGAAGAUUUCUCCUGACACUAAAAUGACUCUGGAGGUGUUUCUAGCAGUGUUGUGUGGCUCUGCUGCACAAUUGCUGACAUGUGUGCUGGUGGGAGGCAAAGUUCACUCCAUUAAAAUGCCUGUGGUGUGUGUGCUGUUGGUGCCAGCGGUGCUGUCAGUGACCAUGGGGGGCUGCCAGACUCCCAGGGGUUUGUUCACCAGUGUGUGGCUGCACUUCCACAAUCUC